AUGGCCACUUUACAGAACUUCACCCAGGCUUUGGAAGAUGCUUUCAAGAAGACAUUCAUUGACUAUAUGAACAACUGGCAUAGAAAUACCACAGUGGAAGAAAACACAUUGCAAGCAAAAGUUGAUGCUGAAAAUUUGGAUUAUGUCAUUAUGUAUCUCAUGGUGAUAAUCGGCAUCUUCUCCUUCAUUGUUGUGGCCAUCUUAGUGAGCACCGUGAAAUCAAAGCGCCAAGAGCACUCUGAUGACCCUUAUCAUCAAUACAUUGUAGACGACUGGAGUGAAAAGCUCAAAAGCCAGACCCUGCGCCAGGAUGAUUUUAAAUGCACCAUCCAUGCAAACCUGGGCACAAAGGACAAAGUAACCCCCGGAUCUGCUUGA